AUGGCUGAUGCAAUUGGUGCUAUGGUGCACACGCCCUCUGCCAUCAUUUUCGAUCACAUUCUGGGCAGUCUGUCCUCUAACUUCACCGAUCCACGAACAUUCAUCCUUGCACUUCGUCUGGCAUCCGUUAGCAAAGCCUGGCGUCGCGCCUUUUUGCAGACGGACCUCGCUUCGCUCAUCACCAUCUCCGGCUUCAGCUAUCCAUUCCAGACGCCGGCCCUCCUCGCCAGCCCCCAGGCUGACACUCCACUCGAAGUGAAGAUCGAUAUUCGAAAGUUGCUCCCUUAUCCUGGGGUGGCCCGCACAGUGCUCGCACACGCAGUUUCCAGGCUCCGUCUUGUAUAUGGGCGCAUUACCACCCUCACUAUCGUCAAUCAUGAAGCGGACAACCACGAUUUCGACGUGAACGCCGUUCUCAACAACCUCUUCACACUCCAUUUCCAAAGCCCACCCACGUUCGUUCUUGACUUCGGUGAUCGCCUCUAUCGUUGCGCGACCCCCAUCGUCGUCCUUCUCGGCUCGGCGUUCAGUAUCAGCGUCCGCAACGCUUUCAUCUACUACGAUACCCUCCGGUUUUCCCGAUCACUAAGCCGCCUGUCCAUCACAAAGAUCUCUUGCCCAUCUCAGCGCAUUUCCAUAUUCCUCUUACACAAGGUCCUUCCCGCUCUCGCCGAAACGCUGGAAAUGCUUGAGCUCGACCACGCGGUGGAUUGGAGGAUGGUGGAUAUCGGGGUCACUGCAUGGAAUCUACCGCCUGUAAAACUCGUUGCACUGAAAAGCCUCUAUCUGGGGUAUCAGCUUGUACAUGAGGCCAUUGCGGUCAUGUGUUGCAUCGACAUUCCCAACGUCGACACGUUAUCCAUACGCGAUGGCGCGCGCGACUUGCGCAGUCUACAAUAUGUGAACAACUCGACGGCCCUCCUCUGCCUCAUCGCCCGGAAGAAGGAGGAUCACGAGUUUUGCGUCCGCCUAAGCCUGGAGAACGUCGUAUUCGACAACGUAGUUGUCAAGGAGAACGGCGAGCGCCUUGCGAGCUACUUCCUCAACGCCGUGUGCGCCGCCGACGUUCUGAACCUCCUGUACGACAUCGACAUUGGGCAUAAUGCCAUUCCCUUUCUCAAGGCGAUGCGGGUCGCCAACAUCGCCGUCGCCACCAAGUAUCUUCGCAUCAAAGGCGUCGACUACGAGUGCGCAAUGUCGGAACUUGUGCACCGCUUUGUGCGUAUCACGGGCGACACACGCGAUCUCGAUGCUGCCAUCCUGGAACCUUGUUAUGUGGACGUCGUGCACUUCAAUAUGAGCGAUCCUGACGUCGCAAGCGACUAUAUCGGGCACUUCGUUUCAUCCGGGCUACAAUCAUCGCUACGCGUUCGCGGCCGAGCCGAGGCCGGCCCUCAAUGGGAGCCAUCGUCCCCUCACUCGCGCGAAUGGCACACGCCUGUGGCAGAUGAGCAUGGCAUGAUUGAUUGGCGAGCAUACCGUUUCUCGCCAGACGCGCAGAUGGUUCUAGAUGAGGAGAUUGGAGAGGUCUUUCACGUCGAUAAGGUAGUGGAGCUUCUAAUGAAGGAGGAUGUCCCUUAG